AUGAAUUUCCAUUCGACACAUCCUCUCGUUAAUCAUCCAGAUACUGUGGACGCCGCUGUCUUUGACGAACUUCCCUUGCUCUAUCGUAUGACCAGCAACAAACGAUCCUCAACUCACAUCGCCCCAACGUCGAUCCCUCUGCCCACGCCGAACGUCGCCUCCCGCCUCAAGAAUCAGAACCCUCUCGACUCAUACUCGCCCGUCAACCAGAAUGGGAGUUUCGAGUUCGACCGCGUCAUCAAGAGCGGCUAUCUGCAGAAGCGGGCGCAGAAGACCAAGAUAUGGAAGACUGUCUACUUGGUCUACCGACCGAAUACGUUGUCGAUUUACAAGGACGCCGGGGAGAACAAACUGCGACACAAGAUCUACCUCUCAGACCUGACCGCCGUCACUUUGCUCAAGGACCCCAAGCACAGGCGCGAGAACGUCUUCGGCCUAUUCACCCCAUCCAAGAACCACCAUCUUCAGGCGGCCAACGCGGAGCAGGCACAAGAAUGGGUCGAUCUCAUCCGCCGGGACGCCAGGAUAGAGGAGGAAGAGGAGGAAAUGUUCUUGGCGAGCCCGAUCAUCCGUCGCGAUUCAUUCAUGACGCCCAACCUCGCUCAGACGGACGUCGGGUCAGGUCGCAUUAUACAAGACCACGAUAGGUAUCUAUCCAGCUCCCCGGAGCCUGUUGACCUCAACAAGACCGGGUUCAGACGGCCGUCUUACAACCCACGACGACCAUCUACGACUAUGGAAUCGUCGGGCCUGUCAGGAAACGAGAUGGCCUCACAUUCCGACUUCUCGGACACAGACAUCCAGCGAUACCUGGGCACGUCAAUCGAGAGCCUUGCCGUACAGUCUCCACCUCUGUCCUCAUCGGGUCCCAGGCCAGGCGUUGGUGCAAGAAACUGCAGCCAGGCCAGCGGCCUCAACAUAGAGCAAGACCCGGACCGGAUCCUCUGGCAAGGCUGGCUCUGGUGGCUGCGCAGCAAGGGCGCGGUACGCCAAUGGAAACACUGCUGGGCUGUACUCCGGCCCAGGAACUUGAUCCUCUACAAGGAUGAGUCGGAAUACACCGUUCAGUUCAUUGUGCAGAUGGGCAUGAUUCUCAACGUGGUCGAUGUCGAUCCGAUGAGCCGAACGAAAGCGCACUGCCUGCAGAUCAUCACGGAAGAAAAGAGCUACAGAUUCAGUGCCCGCGAUGAGGAAUCCCUGGUGAAGUGCCUCGGCGCCUUCAAGAGCCUCCUGGCCAAGAGAAAAGAACUUGAAGCGAAGAUGGCCAGGAUAUUCAUACGUCAUCAAAAGCAUAUACCCCAUUGAGCGAGCAUUUACUUUUUCUCUUGUCUGGUUUUUUUGCUUUGUUCUCAUUUUUUGCCCUUUUUUUUCUUCUUUUUUCCCGAAGCCGGGGGGAGGGGGGUGUUGCGGAGCAAGUCAGCGUCGUUAUUUCAGGCCGGCACUGGGAUUUGCCGGCAGUACGACCUCAGCGAGGGCGGUGGAGCAAUGGAAAAUUAUUCUGGGUAAAUUAUCCUCUUUGUACCUAGCCUUUUGGGAUGUUGCAUGCAAGGACUCAUGCAUACAUACAUACCCUGUAUCUACGAAGCCACGAGAACGAACAUUUGAUACCG